CCCAACCCUGGCCGACCGUGUGCCACCAGCUUCGGCAGCUGUCAACCUCGAAUCUUGAACGCACCCCUCCCCCAACUGCGACGAACACUCGACACAUCACCCGUGCACACCUCCAAUUCGACGCGCGAAAGGGUCCGUAUAACUCAGGUUCCUCGAUUGCACCGACUCGUCCCUGACAAUCCCAUCUCUAGAGGAAGAAUUGUGCACAAUGGCCGGCGCAGGACCCCCCGUUCCCCGGAUCUACCGCUUCAUGGCCACUGGCCUGGGCGCGUCAAUGUGGUUCUGGGUAUGCCGAAGCUCUGUUGGGAAUAGCUGGGAGAAGAGGCUAACUAGUUGCCGAUACAGAUCUUCUACCGAGCCAAGAAAGACGGUACUGCCAACCAACCCGACAAGUCGCUCAAUCGACGAGAAGCAGCUAACCCAACCUCACAGGGCCGGUUCUCCUCGGCUGGAAGCACCCUUGGGAGCACUAGGUGCGAAAUCGAAGAGGAUAGACGGUGGAGAGGUUUUACUAGGGGGGCAUUGUACAUAUUACCACCAAUACGACGCACUCCGAGAGACCAUCUACACAACGGUGUUGUUUGUUCAACUGUAGAUUACAAUAACGCCUUUAUCAACUUGCCGAUUUAUUCGAGCUUGGGA